CUAUGACCAUUGACGCAAUGAUCAGGUGUACAUAUUCAGGAGGACUUUAAACCCACCGUUGAACAAAUGCGUCGAAGCUGACUCGGUUGUUGGGCCGGUGCCCAAUUUGGCAGACUUCGCCAUCAAAAGCUAUAAGUAGCUUCCGGCCUAGACGGAGGAGAACCGGCGUGUGAGAACGGUCCAAAUACGGCAGGACAUGACGUAAAGUCGAUCAAUGCGACUUUGGAGAACUCUGCGAUACACAAUUCAUAGCAUCUACACCUUUCACUAAGACCGAAACGACAGGACGCUCUCCACUACGAGACACCUGGGAUAAUACCCUUUCAUACCCAAGAUGUGGUGGUUGGACCCGGGGAAGGAGGUUCUAAACAUCUUAUUCAAUCGCAUCCUUGCCCCAUAUGUCGAAAAUCUGGACAUGAACCAAGUGAACUAUGGGAUUGGUCAAGGUCAAUUGACUCUACAUAAGUUGCGCUUGAAGAAGGGUGCAUUGGACAAAUUCAGACUUCCAGUCGAUGUCGUGGAAGGGCACCUCGGAAAGUUCACCUUGUCGCUGCACUGGUUGAACCUUGGUAAUCAACCGGUCGAGAUCUUGAUCGAGGAUGUCUAUCUUCUUGUCGUUCCAUCUUCGGAAAGUUUAUAUGACCCAGAAGAAGAAGAACGAAGAAUGCAGGAAGCCAAAUUUGAACGCUUGGAGAACGCCGAGUUAUUGCACAUCCGUGGAGAAGCAGAGCAAGUGCAAGGAGACACCCAGCAAUCUCAAGGCCUCAUUUCAUCGCUCAUUACGAAGAUCAUUAACAAUCUGCAAGUUACGAUCAAGAACAUUCAUAUUCGGUAUGAGGAUAAGCUGAGCGUGCCCGGCCAUCCAUUUUCUGCAGGAAUUACGCUCGCUGGGUUUACUGCAGUCUCAGUGAAUGAACUCUGGGAACCGGCCUUUAUCGACAGUACCGCAGGAAUCAUUCACAAAUUGUCUAAAUUGGAGUCACUGGCCAUCUAUUUCGAUACAGAUACAAGUAGUCUUGCUGGUCUGUCACACUCAGAGUUUGUCAGAAAAUUCACAGAAUUGAUUGCGCAUGGCGAGAAUAUGCCAAAUCAUCAGUUCGUACUGCAACCUGUCACCGGGGAGGGCAGGAUCAAGAUAAACAACAAGGUGGACAAGCAAACGCCACGUUUUGACGUACAGCUUCUGUUUGGGCAGAUCGGUGUUCUUCUCGAUGACAAUCAAUAUCGAGAUGCAAUUUCGUUGGUGGACAUGUAUCAUUUUUACAUCCGACAGCAUCAGUACCAGAAGUAUCGACCCUCGCAAAAAGAGCUUGAAGAAAACAAGCCUCAAGCAUUACUUCGAUUUGCAACAACUUCGAUACUCGAAGAAGUGCGCGAACGCCACAGAAAAUGGACUUGGGUCUACUUCGCCGAACGUCGCGAUGAUCGUCACCGAUACGUCGAGCUAUUCAAGCAAAAACAGAUGGCUCCUCUUAAUCCUCUGGACACAACUAUGUUGGAUGCCCUUGAGAAGAAGCUGUCGUAUGAGGAUAUUCGCUUCUAUCGUUCGAUAGCUCGAUCGCAACUUCGAAAGGACAUGGCGUUCAUUCGUAAGCAGGAGGAAGAACGCAAGAAACUACAGCAACAGCAAGCAAAGAGCACCUGGACAGGAUGGCUAUGGGGUUCCUCAGCGAGCACAAGUGCGGAAACUACCCCGAUUGAACCAGUCUUCAAUGGAGAAAUGACCGAAGAACAACGCAGAGAGCUUUACGAGAUUCUCGACUACGAUGAAAAAGCAGCUCUCGCUGAAUCGUUCCAGACACCUCGGGACGCGCUCAAGGCCCGAGUUGUUGCUACCCUCAAUCGAGGUUCCUUCGCUCUCAAGACCGACCCGCAUGGUCUGAACAAGGAGAUUAUAUCGGUUGUUGCCGAGUCAUUGCAGUCGACGUUCCUUCAGAGACCGGACAACUUCGAAGCGACAGUAUCCUUGGGAGGAUUUGCUGUUCGUGACGGUACGACUAGCAAUAGUCUUUACCCUUUCAUUGUGCAUGUUCAAGAUACGAAGAGCAAAGCUCUCACUCCGACGCAAGAUGAGAAGCAGAUAUACGACCCUGCAGAUCCUUUCUUUUUCCUCAAGUUUGAGCAUAAUCCUUUAGAUGAACGGGCUGAUAAUGCAUUGACGGUUCGGAUGAGAUACAUGGAGAUUGUAUAUCACAAAGGAUACGUCGAAGCGAUUUACAGGUUCUUCAAGCCACCAGCGAGUCAGUUGGAGUCUGUCGAAGCGUUAUUAGAUGUUGCUACUGAGACUCUCGAGGGCCUUCGCAGAGAAACGAGAGCAGGACUCGAAUAUGCACUGCAAACUCACAAGACGAUAGACGUGCAAAUGGACCUGAACGCGCCAAUCAUCAUCAUACCCGAGGAUAUUACUACCAAUCAUUGCAAGCAUCUUGUGAUCGAUGCGGGUCACAUCUCGAUCGAAAGCGAGCUUGCAAAUAAGAAGUCUAUCAAGGAGAUACAGAUGAAGCGAAAGCAACAAUAUACUGACGAGGACUACAAGCAACUGGAGUCUAUGAUGUACGACAAGCUGUUAGUACGUUUAGAAUCGGCGCAGUUCCUCGUUGGCAAUGAUUUACAAUCGUGCCUCGAAGCACUCACUUCGGAGAAUCACGAUAACCUGCAUCUGAUGGAGCGAAUUAACGUCGACUUACAAGUCCAGAACUCGAUCGUCCCUACAGCUUACAGCCUUGCUCGGUUCAAGGUCUCUGGUCACUUACCGGCUCUCCAAGUGAACCUCUCUGACACUAAGUACAAGUCUCUCAUGAGGAUAGUUGAUGUAGCCAUUCCCAAUUUGGAUGAUGAGCAUGGCCAGGGUGCUCCGGCUCCUACGGGAGGCCAGCACCCGAAAUCUGCAUUCAGGCUUCCUUCUGCAUUCUUUGGAACCUCUGGGCCGGAAUACAACAUCGAUGAUGGGGAUAAGGAAAGGAAACCUGAGGAACCGACACAGGGCUCAGCCGCGGACGAGGGCGACGAGUUCUUCGAGGCCGAACAAGGAGACACGAAGGGGGAUCCCCAACUUCAUCAGCAUAUCUUCGAGCUUAAUUUUCAAGUGGACGCAUUACGUGCGUCGUUGUUCAGGUCCACAAAUGAUGGCAAUGAGAAGGAGGUCGGUAACGUCUCGUUUGAACGAUUUAGCUUGGACUUUUCCAUGGCCAAGUACGUCAUGAACGUCGACGUCAAUCUCAGGUCAUUGUCCAUGAACGUAGUUCAGCUUGGGAAAGACCCUCUGCAGUUCGUAUCGUCAGCAAGUGUCAAUACCAACGAUGAGCUCCUUAUGGUGAAGUAUGUUCGGGUCCAACCACAGUCACCCGAGUUCAUCAUCGCCUACGAGGGGAUCAACCAAAGUGUUGACAUCAAAAUCUCUACCUUCAUAUUCCGUGCAGCUCCAGAACCCGUCAUCUCCCUCCAUGACUUCAUCAUGAACACAUUCGUUCCUCAACCAGACACGAACGCCUCCAUAGAGCCGCCACCUCAAGAAGUCAAAGAGAACGGCAAUGUAUCCCCUGAGGUUGUCGUCGCCCAAAGUGCAGUCGAGAAGAUUCGGGUGCAGAUGAGACUUGCUAGUGUCCAAGUGAUCUUGCUCAAUGAUAUCAAAAUCGCAACCCUCUCUCUAUCAACGGCGGAUGUUGCGAUUCUUCUACGUGCGAAUACCCUUCGGAUAAAUGCCCGCUUAGGCAGCCUUGCUCUGAGCGACGAUUCUACAGUGGAUACGAGCCUGCCUGAAUUCAAAGAUAUUCUAUCAAUCGAGGGUGGCAACUUCGCAGACUUCCAAUAUCAGACCUACGACCCAGAAGAUAAAGAGACCUACAAGGGUAUCAAGUCCUCUGUCUACCUCAGCACUGGUUCUCUAAAGCUUCACUAUCUUGAGCAACCGCUACACGAGAUAUACCUCUUUAUGUUGAAACUUGCGGAAUUCAAAGGGCUGUACGAUGCUGCCACCGAGGCGGCAGUGCAGAGGGCAUCCGAGAUCGAGCGAAUGCAGUUCAAUGUGACGAUCAAGUCUCCCAUCAUUAUAUUCCCCUCGGAUGCUCGACAAUCACUCGAUGUUCUUACAAUGCGGCUGGGUGAAAUCAAAAGCCAUAACUCCUACGAUUCGGUUGCCAAUCGUAUCGAGGCCAGCGUAAUGGGCAUCCAGUUGUCAUCUGUGAUUCACUACGACAACAAGCCAUUCGUCCUCAGGUUGAUAGAUGACAUCGAUAUCAGCGCGAAGGUUUCUCAGUUCAACGAAAUAGAUCGGUCGAAGGAGCUUGAUCAUCCUGAUACUCAGGUGGUGGUCAAAGUUUCCGACAUACGCCUUCAUCUAACUCAGGUGCAAUAUUGCCUUCUUAUUCAGCUAUCUCAGUCAUUUGCACGGGUUUUGGUUGUGCCGACAAGCGACACUGCUCAGGCGUUGUCAACUGUUGUAACAAGCACUUCUUUAGAGAAGCACUUACCAGACCUACCAGCCCGAUCUCCUGCCGAAGCAGUGGCGGAUCUAAUACCGGAGGUUCACACCUUGGAUGAUCGUCUCUGGAGCAAGGUCGAUGUCACUGUCACUGUUGAUGUGGUGAAGCUGCAUUUGUACGACGAAGGUGCAACGUCGGAGGAUGACCUCAAGUCCCAUGGAAUCGUGAGAUUUGCACUCAACUACUCCAUGCUGAGAGCCAAGAUGCUUUCCGAUGGUGCCUUGGAAGCUCAGGUCGUUUUGAAAUCCUUUACCAUGAGCAACACCCGUCUGGGGAAUUCUAAAUUCCGCGAAAUAAUACCUGCCGCUCAGCAUAACCGAGACCAAGUCAUGAUUCUGUAUACAAUGUCUGGAGGAUCCGAACAAACGUCUUUGGCCGUGGUCACUGUGGACUCCCCGCAAGUGAUAUUGGCCGUGGAACCAGUCAUUGCUCUUUUGGGAUUUUUCUUGAGUGCAUUCCCGUCGAAUGAUGCAGUUGCAGAGUCAACCCCACAAUCCGAGGUUCCAUCUGAACCUUCUAACUCAGUACAAGCGACCUCGAACAUCAACUUCCGUUUGGAUCUUCAUGACGUUUCGGUCAGUGUAUUAGAGAAUGAUGCAGAUCUGGAGACUCAGGCGAUUCGUCUAUGCGUGGAUAAAGUGCUCAUAUCCCAGCAGGGAAUCCUAGCUUUGAGCGUCGACCGUCUAGGCAUGUCGCUCACCAGAAUAGGCAAAACAUCCGAGAGUGUGCGAUUCUUGGAUGAUGUGGAUUUGACUUGUUCUCUCGACAGUCGCUCGUCUACAUCUCAGCAGAUGACAAGUAUAGAAGUCUCCAUCAGGCCGGUCGUAUUUCGUGCAUCGUAUCGGGAUAUCAACCUCAUCUCCACCAUUGCCAACAAGGCCAUUGAUCUUUACACGAAAUCGAUACAGGCUCAUGCCUCCCCUGCAAAUGCAUCUCUCACCAACGACUCGCGCAUGGUUGGUAAUAAAAAUUCUGUAGUCGUGGGCCGAUCCAUUCGCCAAACAUCUACAUUGCGGCCUGUGGGGCAUGCAAAGGUUUUGACAAGCAAAGAGCAGCUGAAAGCUACCAUCGACGGUUUCCGCUUGAUCCUUAUUGGAGACCUUCAUGAGCAGCCCAUGCUGCAUCUUAGGGUGAAACCAUUCACUUUGAAUGCCAAUGACUGGUCUGGAGAGUUGCAAGCAAUGACUACAUUAGGUGUUCACAUCAGCUAUUGGAAUCUGACGAACUCCCACUGGGAACCUCUCAUUGAUCCCUGGACGUUUAGCCCCUCGGUGGCUCGCGACGGUCCGACAGGGGGAAUAACUGUGGCCGUUACCGCUAGGGAACGUCUGAAUCUCAACAUUAGCACGACUUUCGUGGAACUCGCCAUAUCAACUGUGGCUACGUUCAGCAAGGAGGGGGAGCAGGUUCUCAGAAGCUCUCGUGGCAGCAGUGCUCCAUACCGUAUUGUCAACCGCACAGGGUAUCCCAUCUUCGUCUGGUCUGACAUAGAAGCGAACGCGAACGUAAAAGACGCGAAUGCUACCCAGAUCAACCAUGGCAAGACGGUUGAUUGGCGGUUCGACGAUUGGAAGACCAUGCGAGAGCAUGUUUCUUCAACCGGCCACAAUAGCAUCGGGUUGCGCUUCAUAGGAAAACACUGGGAUCAACUCCGCAGCAUCCCUGUUGAUAGAGCGGGGGAGUAUGCAUUUUCUCUCCGACCGAGAACGGAGAAGUACACACACAGGUUGCUUUGUGAGGUAAAGGUACAAGACAACGUCAAAAUUGUGACCUUGCGUUCGACCUAUAAGGUGGAGAAUAAUACUCUCUACCCUCUCGAAGUCACGCUUGUAGACGAAUCUGGCCAACCAGUUCAACCUCUAGAAAAGAUUGCGCCGGGGCAGGACUAUGCAUUACCAGUAGAAGCCGUAAGCCAGAAUCGAAUCAGGAUACAGCCAGAUCAGGGCUUUGGAUACAAAUGGUCCCCUGCGAUACGAUGGGAAGAUCUCAUCGCUAAACGAGCUUUUGCCAUACGUUGUCCUCACGCAGAUCCUAGCGAGGCUGCCUUCAGAUUUCAGGGUUGGGUUGACACAGAUCCCGCCGAUCUCCAAGCUCGAAAAUACCCUAAGAUCACGCUCAGACUACGGGCUCCAAUCGAGUUAGAGAACCUCCUGCCGUAUAACUUGGAAUAUAGGAUAUAUGACAAGGACACUGAUCAAAACUGGCGAAGUUAUCUGCGUAAAGGUGGUGUCAUGCCAGUUCAUUCAGUUGAGCUUCGACAUCUGGUGCUGCUGAAUGUGAAUGUUCAGGAUACCCCAUUCAAACCUAGCGACUUUGCCAUUAUCAAUACCGAUGGCAAUUCUGACUUUGAUGUCGAGAAGCGUGUUACACUGAGAGACGCGAAAGAUCGCAAGUUGGACCUGCGGUUGCACUACGUGAGGUAUCCCGAUUCAGGAGGAUGUUUCAAAGUCCAGAUAUAUUCUCCGUAUCUGGUGAUUAACAAGACAGGACUACCAUUCUUAGUCAAACCAAGGUCUACACGCAUGGGCAACGUACUAGAUGUUGCAGGAGAGACGAGGCCAGACGUCCUGUCUCAACCCACUCCUUUCAUGUUGUCACACCCGAACGAUCAGGGGAAAGAAUUUACGUUUAAAGUUGGAAAUUCCAUGUGGUCGCAGGCCGUUAGCUUGGAGGCGCCCGCUGCCGAUACUCGCCUUGUGAUUCCAUCUCAAACGCAGAGAGCAGAGGAGAUCCAUGUCGGAUUGUCCUGGUCUGAAGGAUUUGGAAAGUACAAGUUAACGAAGGUAAUCACUUUGGCACCCAGAUUUUUCGUCAGGAACGCCUCCUCCGAUCCUAUCGCUUUCCGGGAACAUGGAGCACCUCCACGGGGUCGCUCGAGCUUAAAAUCCGGCGAAAGAUGUCCUCUACACUUCACACGUGCAGGUGACCCGAAAUUACUAACCUUCGCAUUCCCUGGUUUGAAUGCACGAUGGUCAUCGCCAAUCAAUAUUGAGGACAUUGGAUCUGUUCACUUCCGUAUGAGGAUGCCUAGCGACGACACGACUGAUCAUCUUAUGCGCGCGGAUGUGAAACUUGGGGGAUCGUCAAUCUUUGUCGUUAUCGCUCGUGCUACAGAAGGCUGGCCGUUCACUAUAGAAAACGAUAGCGAUUAUACUUUCACUCUUCAUCAAACGGAUGCGGAACACCCCGAUGCUGGACCAGCAGCCGAGUCUGUCAGAAAGUACACCCUGUCAAAAAGGUCAUCCAUGGGCUAUGCUUGGGAUUAUCCUGCUGGGCGGGACAAGCGAAUCAUUCUAUCUGUGAACCACUCGAAACGGGCCAUUGACAUCAUGGAAAUAGGUGACCUAGUGCCCUUCAGAUUUUCUCAGCAACGAGAGGGUACUCGCACUGUAUCAUUAGAUAUACGUGCAGAUGGUCACAAACAGGUCCUUCGUAUCACCAACUACAACCCUGAGAUCAGUCUUUACAAACCCAGGCAAAGAGGGCCCGGCUCGUUAGCGAGACAAGACACCAUCAGCAGCCAGGAGGCCUUCGAGGCCGUGCAAGAGGAGGUUUCGCCGACCUUUACAUUCAAACUCGACCUCGAGGGCAUUGGAAUGUCGUUGAUUAAUCGCAGAAUGAUCGAAGUUGUCUAUCUGUCAGCCAAUGCACUAAAGAUCGAAUAUUCGGAUAGCGUGGUUGCUCAAGCGGUAACGGUAUCGUGUGGCAGCUUGCAACUGGAUAACCAGUUACACGAAGCUCUAUUCCCUGUUGCACUGCAACCCACGCCUAUACCCAAGGAUGCGAUUGUGGCAUCAUUACCAACGGUACAAGCGUCUGUCAUCUGGCUCAAAGAUCAGGAGCAUGGCGUUUUCUUCGUCAAAUAUUGCUCCAUCUUACUGCAAGCAUUGACUGUGGAGGCUGACGAAGAUUUCCUCUUUGCGCUAUAUGACCUGACGAAAAUCCAAGGCGCAUCCUGGGAUGAAGGUCAAGAAGAUGUUUUGAUUCCCCAAGAGGAAGGCAUUGUAGAACCUGAAACGACCGCUGGCGGAGAAGAUUAUUACUUCGAAGUGUUGGAAUUGCAACCAAUCAAACUGACCAUUUCCUUCAUGCGUACCGAACGAGUGAGCAGUGAAGAGAAGUUGAGUAUACGCAACCCAUUCGCAGUAGUCAUCAACGCAAUCACCAUGGCUGUCGGCAACAUCAAUGAUGCACCACUGGAGAUGAACGCGCUUGCUAUCAAAGACAUGCGUCUCAAUUUGCCCGACCUACAGCAGCGCAUCAUGUAUCACUACCGCCAGGAAGUACUUCGCCAACUCUACCGUAUAUUGGGCUCCGCAGAUUUCAUCGGAAACCCUGUUGGAUUAUUCACGAAUGUCAGUUCUGGCGUGGCUGAUAUCUUCUACGAGCCUUUCAAUGGGGCGAUCAUGCAUGGCGACAGAGACAUCGGCAUUAGCAUCGCGAAGGGCGCGGCAAGCUUCGUGAAAAAGACAGUGUUCGGCUUGUCUGAUAGUUUCACUAGAAUCACGGGUAGUGUUGGUAAAGGACUCUCUGCUGCCACAUUUGAUUCCGAGUACCAGAUGCGUCGCCGCUUGGCUCAACGCCGUAACAAGCCGCGACAUGCAAUCUAUGGUGUUGCGGCGGGCGCGGAAGCCUUUGCUAACAGUGUUGCUAGUGGUUUCGAAGGUGUAGUGCUAAAACCGAUCGAGGGCGCUGAGAAUGAGGGGGCUUUGGGUUUCUUUAAAGGCGUCGGGAAGGGACUCGUAGGCGCUGUGACGAAGCCUGUCAUCGGAGUGUUCGACCUGGCCUCGAAUGUGGGCGAAGGUAUCCGUAAUACAACUACCGUAUUCGACAGACCGGAGAGGGACCGAGUCAGACUGCCUCGCCAUGUCCCCUUUGAUGGUGUACUUGUCCCAUACUCCGAUCGCGAAGCUCUAGGCCAAUACUGGAUGAAGGAUUUGAAUGACGGAGCGUACAGGGACGAACUCUACGUUGCACACAUAAACAUUCCCGGUGGUGACAACGUUGUACUUUUGACUACCACCAAGGUCUUGUCGUUCUGGUCCAAUAAGCUUCGCCUAGAAUGGGAGUUACCAUUCACUCAUGUUCAAGGGGUCACAAUCGAGGACACCGGAAUUCGAUUUGCUCACAAGGGUGGCAAGGAGCACGAUAAAUUCGUCAUGAUUCCAGACAAGUCUGCUCAAAGCUGGUUUUUCGGCCAGGUUGCAACUGUUGUAAAAGCUUUCAACGCUCGUCGUCGUAUGGAUUCCUAAUGUAUAGUGUAUACACGGACUGUAUAGGAUAUAGGAUGUAUCCAAGGAUGUAUUGCUAGAACUUCUAAUAUAUCAUGUAGAAUGAACUAG